GCGAGUGACAGGCGGCCGGCCGACCGAGCCGGGGCGGGGCGGCGGCGGCCCGCGAGCGAGCGCGCGGUCGGCCUGGCCCCGCCCCCGCCCCGCCCCGCCCGGCCUGCCCGGUGACCUUCAGGGCGGCGGGCGCAGGCCCGGGCGGCGGCGGCGGCGGCGGCGCGAUGUUCGUGCAGGAGGAGAAGAUCUUCGCGGGCAAGGUGCUGCGGCUGCACAUCUGCGCGUCCGACGGCGCCGAGUGGCUGGAGGAGGCGACCGAGGACACGUCCGUGGAGCAGCUCAAGGAGCGCUGCCUCAAGCAUUGCGCUCAUGGGAGCUUAGAAGACCCCAAGAGUGUAACCCAUCACAAAUUAAUACACGCUGCGUCGGAGAGGGUGCUGAGCGACACCAAGACCGUCUUGGAGGAGAACAUCCAAGACCACGAUGUCUUAUUGUUGGUUAAAAAGCGAGCUCCGUCUCCGCUUCCCAAGAUGGCUGACGUCUCAGCGGAGGAAAAGAAAAAACAGGAGCAGAAAGCCCCGGACAGAGACGCCAUCGUCCGAGCCACCGCCAGCCUGCCCUCCUGCAACAUGGACCGGGCCGUGGCCCCGACCAGCAUGAGAGACUUCCAGACGGAGCUCCGGAAGAUCCUGCUGUCCCUCAUCGAGGUGGCGCAGAAGCUGCUGGCGCUGAGCCCCGGCGCCGUGGAGCUGUUCACCAAGGCCAACGCAAUGCUGGACGAGGACGAGGACGAGCGAGUGGACGAGACGGCUCUGCGGCAGCUCACGGAGAUGGGCUUCCCCGAGAGCAGAGCCGCGAAGGCGCUCCGGCUGAACCACAUGUCGGUGCCCCAGGCCAUGGAGUGGCUGAUCGAGCACGCGGACGACCCCGCCAUCGACACGCCCCUCCCCGGCCAGGCCUCGCUGCGCGAAGCGGGGGCAGAGGCUCCGGCCGAGGCUGCCGCCGGCUCCAGCGAGGGCGAUGAAGAGGCCAGGGAUGAGCUCACCGAGAUCUUCAAGAAGAUCCGCAGGAAAAGGGCGUUUCGGGCUGACAGCCGGGCCGUCAUUUCCCUGAUGGAGAUGGGCUUCGAGGAGAAGGAGGUGAUGGACGCCCUGCGCGUGAGCAACAACCAGCAGAGCGCCGCCUGCGAGUGGCUGCUGGGAGACCGCAAGCCCUCCCCCGAGGAGCUGGACACGGGCAUCGACCCCGACAGCCCCCUCUUUCAAGCCAUCCUGGACAACCCCGUCGUGCAGCUGGGCCUCACCAACCCGAAAACCCUGCUAGCGUUUGAAGACAUGCUCGAGAACCCACUGAACAGCACCCAGUGGAUGAACGACCCGGAGACGGGGCCCGUCAUGCUGCAGAUCUCCAGAAUCUUCCAGACCAUGAACCGCACGUAGGCCGUGCCAGCACUCCCGCUGCCCCCGUGGCCCGCCAGGGGGUCGGUCUCACAUGCACCUGCCUGAUUCUCAUGCAGCUGUGGGGACAGCGUGCGGGCUCCGCUGGACCGAGGAGGGGACAGGCCAGGGCUGGAGGGGAUCCUGCCCGGACCCCGCCCCCGAGCCCGCCCUGAUUGUCCUGCUUCCAUCUUGCGGCUCAGACACUUCUGUGGGCUCGCGAGAGGUGCGGCCCCGCCUCCGACAGUGUUUACAGACGGUGGUUCUGGCGGGGGCUCCCCCAGCGCUGCCUGAGUGGAGCCCCAGGAGCCGCUUGCAGAGCCACCGGCUGUCAGCAGACGGCACGUCCCGGUCCGCGGUGUUCGCGUCCAGCUCUCUGGGCCGAGUGGGGGACUCGCAGACGACCCUCCUCCCAUGAAUAAACGCUCCUUUCCUACCUUC